AUGUCCCAAAUUCGCAAACGCCGGGCGCCCGACGCUGAUCCCUCCCCAUUCAGACGCCAACGUCCACGCAGCGACUCCGCCUCCCCAGCUGCAGACAUGUCUGAUAGCGAUGCCGAGCACGGCGCACCAUCUAGUCUAGACGCUAUGGUCAAGAAGAUGGUGCGGCUUGCGCUGGCGAGCGAGUACUCGCGUCUACCUAUCCGCCGCACGGAUAUCAGUGCUAAGGUGUUGGGGGAACAGGGUUCAAGACAGUUUAAGACGGUGUUUGAGGCGGCGCAGCAGUCGCUACGGAGUAAAUUUGGCAUGGAGAUGGUGGAGUUGCCGGCGAGGGAGAAGGUUACUAUUACGCAGCGGCGGGCCGCCCAAAAAACCGAAAAACCAUCCAGCAGCACCAAAUCCUGGAUCCUCACCACCAUCCUACCAGCCACAUACCGCACACCCGCUAUUAUCCCGCCGACAAGAGCCCCCUCCACCAACACCGAAAGUACCUACACCGCACUAUACAGCUUCAUCAUCGCCGUUAUCUCGCUAAACGGCGGAUCCCUGGCUGAGCAGAAACUCACCCGGUACCUACGCCGCAUGAACGCAGAUGACUACACACCCGUCGACAGGACAGACAAAUUGCUCGCGAGACUAUGCCGUGAGGGAUAUAUUGUGCGAACAAAGGAAUCGGAUAACGGCGAGGAAAUCAUCGAGUUUAUGGUUGGGCCACGCGGAAAGAUCGAGGUUGGAAGUUCGGGUGUAGCCGGUCUUGUGCGGGAGGUUUAUGGGCGUGGACCUGGUGCUGGUGCUGAGAAUGGGGAUGACGGGUCGACAGAGCUAGACCGUGAGGGGAGGGCGGAAUUCGAAGCGAGACUCCGACAGUCUCUGGGGAUUGUUGGUGUGCGUGAGCAGGAUGAGGAGGAGGAAGGGCGGGAGCAGCAGCAGGCAGUUAAUGGGCGUGGUGCAGGGGAGGCAGGGAGAAGUGCGAGACCGAGUGAGGUACCGAGACGGUCUUCGAGGAGAGCUACUACUGCACACGAGUCUUCCAGUGGGGAGUCUGAGACGGAGGAUUCGGUGAAGGAUGAGAGUGAGGAAGAAAGUGAUUGA